UAAAAUAAGACCAACGUUCGCUUUGUGCUUUUUCUUAAUAUGAAAUGAUAUUUAGACACAAGUUUACAGGACAUUAGCUAACAAUUUCGUCUAUUAAACGGCAUGAAUAAAUUUACAAACAGACAGCCGGAUUAGGACAAGAAACAAUGUAUCUUAGAUAUUUGAUAGAAAAUGUUCUUUAUUCUAGUUGUCUAUAAGUUAAAUAUAAAAUUAUUUGCGCAAUUUUCAACAACUAUUGUACGACUAUCUAAUCAACAACUUCUAAGACUAUCUAAUUGUGCUAAGACACAUACGUUGUUCACAAAAAAAAUGAGAAACUUUAAAGGAUAAGAAAAAAUGUUCAAGUGAUUUUCGUAAGCAAAUUACAUGUUAUCAGGCAAGUUAGUGCGAAUAAGCUCCAACUGCAUGUUCAUGUGGAUAAAAGUAUAGUAUUACCAAUAAAAACAAUUAAUCUAAAAAGUGUGACCUAAGUGUGCACCUAAGAAAUUCAACGCCAGCUUAACACAGGAAAACUGUUCAAUUAAAUGGAAGAGAAAAAUAUUUUUAUAAGAGUAAAACAUAAAUCUCUAUAAUGCCAUCUGAUCCGUUUUUAUUUGCAUCAAAACACCUUUAAUAUCAAUCAAGAGAAAAAACAAUGACGACUUUGAGUAACUUUAGUAGCAAUACGUCAGCCAUGAAUACCAAUGCAACGAACAUAACUGUUACAGAUACCGACCUUCGUAUGUUUGUAGAGUUUAUGCAACACUAUCAACAACGCUUUCAUAACGCGACCAGUUAUCGGCCUGAAGAUGGUGGAUUUGCUGGUGGCGGUGAUGGCGUGGGCAUUAGAGAAGGCUCAAUGGGAGGCAGAGCUGGCUCUAAUCUUGAUGAAUGUUCAGAUUACUGUAAAGGAGAAUUUUAUCAACUGUUAAAAGCUUACAAUAGCGUACACGGUUACGUGGCUCUAAUGAUUUGUAUCUUCGGCACUAUAGCCAACAUAUUGAACGUAAUUGUUCUAACGAAAAAAGAUAUGGCUAAAGCCCCGAUUAAUAAAAUUUUGAAGUGGUUAGCAGUAGCUGACAUGUUCAUUAUGAUCGAGUAUAUCCCGUUUAUUUCCUAUCAAUACAUUUACAUGAAACCAGGCGAAAAAGACUUAAGUUAUGCUUGGGCAGUUUUUAUCCUGUUCCAUAUGCACUUCACCCAAGUAUUACACACAAUUUCAAUUGGUUUGACGGUUACGCUGGCCGUAUGGCGUUAUGUAGCCAUAAGACAACCACAUGGAUCUUGUGCCACUUUUCUAUUGUCGCAUUGCAACGAAACGAUAGUGUUUUCAUUUGUCAUCUCACCAAUUGUUUGUUUCCCAACGUUAUUCGUAUUCAAAAUACAAGAAGAUAUUGGACCGCCUACAAUGGUGCCAUGGUAUUAUGUUGACGCUGACAAAGAAACCAAAUUGUAUAGAAUUAAUUUUUGGAUACAUUCAGUUAUUAUAAAGCUGCUGCCAUGUUGUAUACUAUCAAUAAUCAGUUUCGUUUUGGUGAAAGUGUUAUGUGAAGCCUCGAAGCGUAAACAAAAACUCAAAGCAUAUAGCAAUCCCCAGAAGGGCCAACAACAGCACUUGCAAAAACAUUCAAGCAAACCGCCGAAAUGUGAUCGACGAACUGAUCGCACUACCAUGCUGCUAGUGGCUGUGCUUAUACUAUUUCUGGUCACCGAAUUUCCACAAGGUAUUCUAGGAUUAUUGUCGGGUAUAAUGGAGAAAUGCUUCUUUAACGCUUGCUAUCCGCCCUUUGGUGAAUUGAUGGAUUUGUUGGCUUUAAUAAAUGCCGCUAUUGACUUCGUUUUAUAUGGUUUAAUGUCAAAACAAUUUCGUACAACAUUUAAAUCGUUAUUUUUUAAAAGACAUUUCGGUAGCAUUGAAAUGACACGUACUACGCGGCUAACGACAACGUGCGUUUGAUUUUAUCCUCCUAAAAGUCAAAGAAAGCAAAAUAAAAGGACUAACGCAACAACACAACUAGCACUGUGAAUAGAAAGAGAAAAAGGCAAAUGUGUCAACUGCUUAGCAACCGUGGUUGCCUUGGGCGGAACCAACUAAGCUUUUAUAACAAUAUAAAUUGCUAUCAUAGCUACUUGUUUUGUUUCGAAUUUAUUUUGCCAAUCUACGCGUAUUUGUGGAUGAGUACUUUUCAGGUUUUUCCCCCGAUUCUGUAUAAAUACAAUUCGUCCAUCAUCAAUUCAUCUUAAAAUGUUUCAAGUUUACUUUUGCGGCCUUGAGAUUUGAAAUAACAAGCGACAAAAAGGCGGAUAUCUGGAAGUACGAAUGGAUUCGCAUAUAUGUGAUCUCCGUUAAUUGUUUCUACUAAAUCGAAUCGCUCGAAAUUGCGUGAAUUUAUAGACGUUAACCCUGGGAUCGGCAAAAGGGUCUCAGCAUAAAAACUUAAGAGUUUCUACAUCCUUUCGCAAUCAUGUUUGCUAUUUCAUAUUGAAUUUACAUAUACAUAUACAUAUAUAUUCACUAUAUUCAUCUGCCGCCUAUAUUCCAAAUUGCAUAUAUUAAUGUUUCAGUCUAUUUAUAAAGAACAUGCAAUAAAAUGAAUUUGUGGAAUUAUACGACCACAAACUAAAGAUAAGAGGCGAAAGCACUAUAGUGACACUCUCGACCCCCCUUCACUUAACACAGCUAUUCACAAAAUCACUUUUCAAAAGAACCAGUUAUAUGGAAAGUGGGCGAAAAAGUGGUCCGAUCCGAAACGUUUUCAAAAGCGUACGUACUUUUGCCAAAACAAGUCAGUGUACCAAAUUUCAUAAAAAUAUCGCAAAUAUUGCAACCUGCGGCUUGAUCGACACGAAAAAAGAUAGACAGAUGGAUUGAUGGACAGAUUGACAGACAAGUUUAAAUCGAUUCAGAAAGUUAUCAUAAUUCAGAAAGUUGUCCUGAAUUGAUCGGUGUAUCCUAAGUCCUUCUGUGUUUUGCAUCCGUUCGCAUGUACUUAACGUACACUUACAUCACAAAUUGUGUAGGAUACAAGUAGCUCUCUUGUUAGGAGAAGAAAGAAUUUUGUUAUUUCUUAUUAUUAGCGUCAUCUUUGGAUAAAGCCGUUUAUAAAGCCAUAUUUACGCAAUAAUUUUGUCCCUCCAUUUAUAAUAAUAGAAAGAAGUGAUAUAACUUGCAGUUGUAAAGGGAGGUAAUAUAACUAAUAUUUACAUAAGUCAUAUUAUUUUUGCUUAGUUAUAUCUAUAUCGCAGUCCUUGCAGAUCUAAUAGGCUGAGAGAAUAAUGAAUUGCUUCGUCGUAAGUAUUCGUUCGUCUGCGUGAUUGUUUAAGAAUGAAAAGCUUACCAUAAAAUAAAACUUGAG